UUUCUGGUUCAAGCUGGUUCUAAACCUUUAAUUUUAAUAAGGCGCAGUUUGCAGACGGAGCCAAGGAAUUGCCAAUGAAUAGAUCCAGUGUAUGGUGAGAACAAUAUAUAGAUAGUAUGGUACAAUUGAAGACUUUGAGGAGAACCAAAAGGCCCUAUGGGUUUCUCAAAGCUUCCAGCCGCCGCUGUAAUUCUGCAUCCUCUUCUGCAGCGGCUUGCGAGGAUUCUUUGAUAGGAUUGUUAGUGGGCACAGAGGCCAUCUUGCCAUUGAUAGAAAUGCCAAUUUCAUCCAACACCUAGUUGAAGUCUCAGUUAGCGAUGUUG